CCGGGCCGACCCCCAGCCUCUCCUUGUGUGUGCGCGCUUUAAAUAAUUUCAUCCUUUUUGGCAAAAGAAAUAAUGCACCUGACUUUACCAGGGGGAAACAACAAGCCGAGCAGAACAAGGAACAGAUGUAAAAGGAAUAAAAGGAGAGAGGAAAAAGAGAUGAGACUCAUUGGAAGAAACCCAGGGGCUGAAGAGGUGGCUGCAGCGGCAGAGGCGGCUAGAGCUUCCCUGUCUGCGUGAGCGGCAGGCGGAGGACGCUUUCACCAGUUGCAGAUUGAACCUCGCCAACUCCUGGGUCUGUUGGUUUGCCAGACGAAGUCUUUUCUUCUUUGGCCCCGACACUGAAGAGGCUACUGGAUUUUUCGGCCACCUUAACACAAGCUGGCAGUUACCCGGGAGCCUUCCGGAUUUACUGGCGGAGAAACGAGCCCUGCUGGACGGAGGAUGGGCCAAGGGCACCAGCAGCGGGGGGCUCCAGCCGGGAAGCGCCUUCUGUUCCCCGGGAGGAGAGGGUCACCCCGCGGGCUGCCGGGCGGCGGCGGCGCCCCCGGGGGACAGCGCUUCCUGCUCUGGCUCUUCAUGCACGCGUGGCUGUGCGCGGCCUCGGGUUCACAUGCCCAGGUGUUCAACCUCAGCCUUUCCGUGGACGAGGGACUUCCUCCGGACACUCUAGUCGGCGACAUCCGCGCGGGGCUGCCGGCUGCACAGCAGCAGGAGGGGGACGGCUUCUUUCUAUCCGAGGAUUCGGAUGACUCACCGCUGUUGGACGACUUCCACGUGCAUCCGGACACCGGCAUCAUCCGCACGGCUCGGUGCCUGGACCGCGAGCGGCGGGACCACUACAGCUUUGUGGCCGCCACGCUGCUGGGCGCCGUGGUGCAGGUGGAGAUCCGCGUCAACGACGUGAACGAUCACUCGCCCAGCUUUCCCCGUGACUCCCUGCAACUCGACGUCUCCGAGCUCAGCCCUCCAGGUACCGCCUUCCGCCUGCCAGGUGCCCGUGACCCGGACGCGGGCCUGUUCAGCACGCAGGGCUACACCCUGCUGCAACCGUCCGACCUUCCCGAGGAUCCCGCAGGGCCGUUCUUCCAGUUGCGCUACGGAACCCCGGGGUCACCACCGUCCUCGUCGCCCCUGGAGCCCCUGUACCUGGUGCUGCUGCGGCGCUUGGACCGAGAGGCGGCGGCGACACACGAGUUGCAUAUCGAGGCCUGGGACGGCGGCCGCCCGCGGCGCACUGGCCACCUGCUUGUGGAGCUGCGGGUGCUGGAUGAGAACGACAACCCGCCGGUCUUCGAGCAGGGCGAGUACCGCGCCGCGGUGCGGGAGGACGCUCGGCCGGGCGCCGAGGUCUGUCGCGUGCGCGCCACCGACCGCGACCUGGGGCCCAACGGCCACGUGCGCUACAGCAUCCGCGCCCGGCCGGCGCUCGGGCCACUGGGCGAUGGGGCCUACUUCACCGUGGAGGAGAUGAGCGGUGUGGUGCGGGUGCAGAGGCCGCUGGACCGCGAGGCACAGGCCUGGCACCAGCUGGUGGUCGAGGCCCGCGACGGAGGGGCCGAGCCCGAGGUUGCCACUGUACGCGUGUCCAUCGCCGUGCUCGACGUCAAUGACAACCCGCCCACCAUUCACCUGCUCUUCCUCACCGAGGGAGGGGCCGCGCGCGUUUCCGAGGGCGCCGCGCUGGGCGAUUACGUGGCUCGCGUCUCCGUGUCCGACGCGGACGGUGGUCCGGAGCAGGAAGAGGAGGCCGUCGGGGAGCCUGGUGUUGCCCUAGGACGCGGGAGCAUCUCGCUGUCCUUGGAGGGCGGGGAUGGAGCCUUCGCACUGAGCUCUGGCGGCUCCCUCGGGGUAUUUUUCCUUUGCGUCGAGGGGCCCCUGGACAGGGAGAGCCGAGACCUGUACGAUUUGCGACUGGUGGCCACGGAUGCGGGCUCCCCGCCGCUGAGCACAGAGGAAACGCUGCUGCUCCGGGUUGCAGACCUCAACGACCAGCCACCUCUCUUCAGCAGGGAGCAUUACCUGGCCUCGGUGUCAGAGGCCGCGGCCCCGGGCACCGCGGUCGUGUGGGUCAGCGCCUCCGAUGCGGAUGAGGCUGGCACAGACCAUGCCAGGCUGCGCUACGCACUGGUCCACCUUCCGGGUCGCUGCAACCCAGAAGGCGUGUGGCCCACCGCGGAGUGCGGACCGUCCUUCACUAUUGAUCCUGAAAGCGGCGUGAUCAGCACCGUCCGGAGCCUGGACCGAGAGCUCCAGGAGGCAGUGGAGUUGAGAGUGGUAGCCCAAGACCUCGGAGAACCCCCACUCUCUGCCACCUGCCUGGUGAGCAUCACCGUGGACGAUGUGAAUGACAACGAGCCCAUCUUCCAGAGGCAGGUGUACAACGCCACCCUGGUGGAGCAUGCCCCGGUUGGACACUGCUUUUUGCAGGUUAAAGCUUCUGAUGCAGAUGCAGGACUCUUUGGCUUUGUGGAGUAUUCUCUUUAUGAUGGAUUCCAAAGCUAUGACGUGUCUCCAGCAUUCCAGAUCGACCCACAUGAUGGGCGAAUUUGUGUUUCUCAAGAUAUUGAUAGGGAAAGGGAUCCCGCAACCUAUGAUCUCUUGGUGAAAGCUAAGGAUGGGGGUGGACUAAGUGCGCAAGCUUUUGUUCGUGUGGAAAUGGAGGAUGUGAAUGAUAAUGAACCUGUUUUUAACCCGUCAACCUACAUGAUGAGCAUUAGCGGCCAGACCCAGCCAGGCACCGAGAUCAUCAAUGUUCUUGCCACUGACAGGGAUUCUGGGAUAUACGGAACAGUGGCUUAUGAGCUUAUUCCGGGAGACCUGUCAUCCCUUUUUACCAUCGACUCCACUACAGGAAUUAUUUACUUAAUGUCAACUCUUAGUCAUUUGGAAUCUACUACCCUUUUGUUGAUGGUCUGUGCUCGAGAUGGUGGCGGGCUCGCAUCUGCCAUUAAUGCUGAUGUCACUAUACACAUUCUUCAGACAACGCUGUCGCCCGCUGAAUUUGAAAGGCCUAAGUAUACUUUCUCAGUUUAUGAAGAUGCACCUGAAGACAGUCCUGUGGGAACAGUGAAAGCAAAAGAGUCCUCGAAUUCCUCAGAGCCAAUUUUUUAUAGAAUCUCCUCUGGUGAUCUGGACAGAAAGUUCUCUAUUCACCCAUGGCUGGGCGUCAUCCGAACUCAGAAGCCUCUGGAUCAUGAGACACAGCCGGUGGUUGUGCUCACAGUGCAGGCUCAGCUUGGUGGCUCUCCUACCUACAGCAGUACAGAGGUCAACGUAACUGUCAUUGAUGUCAAUGACAACCAUCCGGUAUUUCCCAAAGCCUCUGAUGAAGUUAAAAUAUCUCAGACAACGUUGCCUGGCACAGCCUUGUACCUCGCCCGUGCACAAGACAAAGACAGUGGGCAGAAUGGAUUCAUCAGAUACACGAUCGCAAGCCAGGAUCCAAGCAUCUUUGCCAUCGACUCAAGGCUUGGUGCGGUGUACCUGAAUGGGAGUCUGGGAAGUCACGUGCCCCGGAAGUGCAUGCUCACUCUCCUGGCCCAGGAUCUGGGCGUUCCUCCUCGGGCAUCCCUGUUAGUGCUGACGGUUGCAAUUGAGGAACAAAAGCAAAGCCCAUCCUUGACUUUUGAAAACUUGGUCUAUCAAGUGGAAGUUAGCGAGUCUCUCUCGCUGAUGACCCAAAUCCUGCAAAUACAGGCUUACCCACUUGGCCCACAGCGCACAACCUCGCAACUCCUGUACUCGCUGGAGCCCAGCACGGACUCCGCUGUGUUUGGCGUCCGCCCUGACACAGGUUGGAUUUAUUUGCGGCGACAGCUUGACUAUGAAUCCACACAGACAUACAAUUUUAGAGUGUUUGCCUGGAUCCCAGAGGACAGAUUGUCGCAAAAUGUGAGCACCUCAAUAAUUGUUCAUGUCCUGGAUGAGAAUGACAAUUCCCCUACCUUCUUGCAUGAUGUGUUGUUUUUGAAAGUCGAGGAGAGCCCUGUUCCACAAGGGGUAAUAGGCAAAAUUACAGCAAUUGACAGAGACUCGGGAAAGAAUGGACAGCUGUCAUAUUUCCUUUUGUCUGAUGGAAAAUUCUUCAAGAUGAAUCCUAAUACAGGUAGCAUUUUCCUUUGUAAUUGGUACCCCCUGCCCCAUAGUGGGACAGAAUUUGAAUUCAGUUCUGAUGAACUUCAAGCCUUUGCUCUCAUGAAAGGCCUGUUGUGUGAAUUAGGAACAGGUGAAUUUAUCAGUUGGGUGGCAUUGGAUCACGAGCUUCAGGUACACCAUCAGGUGACGGUCCUAGUGACUGAUCAUGGCUCCCCGCCACGGAACGCCACCAUGGUGGUUUAUAUUUCAGUGACUGACAUCAAUGAUAACAGGCCAUAUUUCCCACAGUGUCUCCCUGGAGAGGAAUUGCACAUCAAGGUUCUGGAAGGUCAACCAGUAAAUAUGUUGGUUACAACUGUGUUUGCAAAAGAUUUUGAUGAAGGAAACAAUGCAGAAGUUGUAUAUUCAGUAUCUUCAGAAGACAGUUCUGAUGACUUCAAGAUUGAUGCCAACAGUGGUGAAAUAAGAACAACCACAAUCCUUUCAUAUAACCAUAGACCUUCCUACAGGAUGACCGUAAUUGCCAGUGACCAGGGAGUACCCCCUCUUCAAGGCCAGGCAGUCAUUAAUAUCCAGGUGAUACCACUAUCUAAAGGGAGAGCUAUCAUUUCUCAGAAUAUUAGACACUUAGUUUUACCUGAAAACUUGAAGCCUGCAAAAAUAAUGAGCUUGAUAAAGUCACCCGAUCACCUUCAACAACAUCAUAAUGGAAAGUUACAUUUUAGUAUUGCUGCAGAUGACAAGGAUGGUCACUUCGAAAUCAACAGCUCAACAGGGGACUUGUUCCUUUCUAAGGAACUUGAUUACGAAAUAACAUCUCAUUACCUUUUCAGGGUGGUUACUAAAGACCAUAGCAAAACCCCUCCCCUGAAUAGCACAGUCUUCCUGAGUAUUGAUGUGGAGGAUCAGAAUGACCAUUCCCCAUCUUUCCAAGAAGAGCUCAUUGUGAUAAGUGUGGAAGAGAAUGUCCCUAUAGGGACUCUGGUGCAUGUCUUCAAUGCCAAAGACGGGGAUGGCAGUUUUUUGAACAGUAGAAUUCAAUACUUCAUUGAAUCCCACCACCCGGAAAUGAGUCCAUUUCUCAUCCACCCCUCAUUUGGCACAUUAGUCACUGCGUCCCCCCUUGACAGAGAGAGGGUUCCAACUGUCAUCCUGACAAUAACUGCAUCAGAUCAGGCUGUGAAUGUGACAGACCGGCGAUUGCAAUCACUGAUGGCAAAGGUCGUGAUUUUGGAUGUAAAUGACCACAGCCCCACUUUUAUGUCUUUCCCCGUUGCCCACAUCAAAGAGGAUGCCACGGUGGGCUCCUUGGUGCACCACAUAAGUGCUCAAGAUCCAGAUGAAGGAAGAAAUGGAAGAGUGACAUACAGCAUCCUCUCAGGAAAUGAAAACACGGCCUUUAUGCUAGACGAGUCAUCAGGCUUACUAACAACCACCUGUCCUUUGGACUAUGAAAUAAAAGCUCAGCACAUUCUGACCCUUCUGGCACUGGAUGACGGCAUACCAGCACUUUCUUCAUCCCAGACUUUGACGAUUACUGUUCUUGACGUAAAUGAUGAGGCACCCGUGUUUCAGCAGAACCUGUAUGAAGCUUCAGUUAAAGAAAACCAAAAUCCAGGGCAGUUUGUCACAAGGGUUGAAGCUAUGGACAAAGAUUCAGGAAUCAAUUCCAAGUUUCAAUUUGAAAUCAUGCCAGGGGCGUCAUCUGGAUUCUUCAAGAUAAAUCCUGACACUGGAGAGGUAGUGACGACCACCAUACUCGACAGAGAAGUUAGGGAAGUUUUCACCCUUCGAGUACUCGUACGAGAUGGAGGAGUCCCUUCAUUAUCUGGCACCACAACAAUUCUCUGUACUGUAGAAGAUGAGAACGAUCAUGCACCAGAGAUUAUUGUCCCCGGUCAUGACAUUGAGGUUCUGGAAAACCAAGAGCCAAGGGUUGUCUACACUGUUUUGGCUUCUGAUAUGGAUUCUGGCAAUAAUGGAGCUGUCAGGUAUCAUGUAAUUGAUGGAAAUAUGGAUGAAUACUUUGCUAUUAAUGAAACAUCAGGAGAACUCUCAACCACUCGCACUUUGGACCGGGAGCAAGUCAGCAAUAUUACCCUAGUCAUCCUGUGCUCUGAUCUGGGGGAUCCACCGAGGAGCUCUCUAGUGCAGUUGCAGGUUAGAGUUUUGGAUGACAAUGACCAUGGCCCGUCCUUCCCCAUGCUGCAUUACCGGGCCUCCGUGAGAGAAGAUGCUCAAGUGGGAACAGUGGUUCUUGUGCUGUCUGCCGUGGAUAAGGAUGAAGGUCUGAAUGGACAAACUGAGUAUCUUCUGGUGGAUGAGGCUUCUAGUGCAUUCACCAUUGAUGCCGUGGCAGGUACAUUGAGAACCCGCCACACGCUGGACCGAGAAGCCAGAUCUCAGCAUACAUUUAGGGCUGUGGCCAGAGACUGUAGUGUCCAGGGCUCAAGAAGCACCACGGUCAUUAUAGAAGUACAUGUCACAGAUGUAAAUGACAAUGACCCAGUUUGGGCACAGAACCCCUUGGAGAUUUUUCUUUCUCCCCAGUCACCUAUUAACCAGACAACUGCCAUUCUGACAGCCAGUGACCCUGACUUGGGACCCAAUGGAACUGUCAUUUUUAGUUUUGCAGAGACCCAGUCAAUGUUUUCUAUUGAUAAAUAUACAGGAGAAGUUCAACUUCGGCACCGCCCAUCUUCUGAAUAUUUUCCAAUCUGGCUGCAGUUAAAAGUUAGGGACCAGGGGGUUCCAGCUAGGACGACCACUGGCCUCUUAGUCGUUCACAUGGAAGGAGAAGAUGUAAAGAUUUCCUUCAGCCACUAUCUCUAUAAAGCGACUGUGACCGAAAAUUGUGAUGCAGGUACUUCUAUUGUGACUGUAAAAGCUGUUGCUCCUGACCCAACACAAGACAGCAUUAAAUAUUCCAUUUUUAGUGGAAAUGAAGACGGAGUUUUUUCCCUGUGCUCCAACUCAGGAGAACUCACUGUGAAAAAACCCAAGUUUCUCGAUUUUGAAGUGAGACAUGAAGUACGACUCAUCGUUUUAGCGGAAAGUAGGGGGCACAGAGCCUACAGCAAAGUAGCAGUCUUGAUACAAGAUGUGAAUGAUAACUUACCAUGCUUUGAGCAAAGCGUUUACCAAGUGUCAGUGUCUGAAGGCCUGUCCCACAAUGCUCACAUCAUACAGGUUUUUGCUGCGGACCUGGACAGUGGGAUGAAUGGCCUUGCCGAGUACUCCAUUCUCUCUGGCAACCAAGGGGAAGCAUUCCACAUUGAUGCGCAGAGCGGUGUGAUCACAGCAAAUGCGGUUCUAGAUUACGAGCUCACCAGGUCCUACAGCUUGAUUGUGCAAGCCACAGAUAAAGGGAUGCCCAGGCUUUCUGGUACAAGUGUCAUCAAGAUUCAGGUGACUGAUAUAAAUGACAAUGCCCCGGCUUUUCUCCCUUCUGAAGCAGUAGAAAUUGCAGAAAAUUCUUUGCCUGGUAUAGUUGUGACUCAGAUAUCAGUUCAUGAUGUGGAUUUGAAUCCAGCUUUCAUCUUCAAUUUCGCCAAAGAGAGUAAUCCUGGAAUCAAGUUUGCUAUUGAUCAGAAUACUGGAGCAGUGGUGCUAGUGAAAACACUGGAUUUUGAAGAAGCUACCAAAUAUGAGCUGUUCAUCCAAAUUUCGGAUACUGUGCAUGAAACAGAGGGAACGCUCAUUGUCCAUGUGGUGGACGUCAAUGAUAACCCACCUGUAUUUUCUCAAGAUUCUUACCAGGUCACUGUUCCUGAAUCCGUGCCUGUGGGGUACUCAGUGCUGACCGUGGCAGCCACGGACCUAGAAAGCAAUGAGAACAUUUCUUAUAGAAUCCUUUCCUCUUCUAAGGAAUUUUCAAUCGAUCCAAUGAAUGGCACAAUAUUUACUAUCAAUCCUGUAUUACUUCUGGACAAAAAAUCAAGAGUUCAGUUUCUUGUUGAAGCCAGUGAUGGUGGAAUUCCUGAUCUGAGGGCUCUCACCUUAGUAGAGAUAGAAAUACAAGAUAUGAACAAUUAUGCUCCUGAGUUUGCGGUAGAAUAUUAUAAUCUCAGCUUGAGGGAAGAUGCUCAAAUUGGAGGCACGCUUGUCACAUUUUCAACCAUUGACCAUGACUGGACCCGUGAAAACACACAUGUUGAUUAUUCCAUCAUCAGUGGUAAUUCACAGAAUAAUUUCCAUGUGGAAACUAGUUUCAUUCAUUCAGAAUAUCCUUAUAAGCAAGUUGGUUACCUGGUGUUGCUUCACAGUCUAGAUAGAGAAGCGGCUGACAGUCAUAAGCUUGUCAUUCUGGCAUCUGACCAUGGCUUCCCUCCCAUGAGCUCCACAGCCACGGUAGCAAUAGAAGUACUGGAUGUCAAUGAUAAUCCUCCUAAAUUCAACAGUCUGAAAUACCACGCCCAUGUCAAGGAAAGUACCUCUCUGGGGAGUCACAUCACUGUGGUCUCUGCACAUGACCGUGAUGUGGGUUCGCAUGCAGAAAUCAUCUACCACAUCAUCUCUGGAAAUGAGAUGGGGCAUUUUCACUUGGAAGAGAAAACUGGAGUUCUUUAUUUGAUUAAACCUCUGGAUUAUGAAGAAACGACAAAAUUCACUUUAACCGUUCAAGCUUCAGAUGAAGAAAAGAAGCAUUUUUCGUUUGCAGUUGUGCUUAUCAAUGUCCUGGAUGAUAAUGACCAUGCACCUCAGUUUAUGUUCUCGAGCUUAAAUUGUGUUGUUCCUGAAAAUGUGCCUGUUUUCUCCACCAUAUGUUCCGUAAAUGCUCUGGAUUUUGACGCAGGUCCUUAUGGAGAACUGACCUAUUCUGUGUUAUCGCCCUGUUCGGUCACUCACGGGAUGCCUCAUGAUCAUGACCCCUUCCUCAUUGACCCUUUAACAGGGGAUAUUCACACUCAGCAAGUCCUUGACUAUGAAAAUGACAAUAAAUACUGCCUCACAGUGCAGGCAAAAGACAAAGGUGACUCAACAGCCACUUUAACGGUUUGGCUGGAUAUUGAAGGGAUAGAUGAGUUUGAACCCAUGUUUACUCAAGAGGAGUAUUUUUUCAACCUCCCAGAGAAGAAUAAAGUGAGACAGCUGAUCGGCAGAGUGGAAGCGUCAGACGCAGACGCGGGUAUUGAUGGGGUUGUUCUGUACUCUUUGGACGCUCCAUCUCCUUUCUUUUUAGUGAAUAAAACGAACGGAAACAUCUAUUUGACUAGAACACCUCCCCUAAUAAGAAGUCAGUUCCGUGAACAAGACACCAUUGAAAUGAAAAUCAUUGCUCGUAGCCCCAAACCGGACUCCAGGUUUACAUUGUGCACUGUUUUCGUGAACGUGUCUUCUUUCUCAGAAGGACAACACUCAGGAGUAUCGGGCAGCAGCUUUUCAAUCAGCCUUACGGUCUCCUUUUUAGUGUUUCUGAUAUUCAUCUUCAUUCUAAUUGUACUGAUUUUAAGACAUAAACAAAAAGACGCAGCCAACAAUUACAAAGACAAGAAAACAUCGUCCACCUUAGAUAUCAGUUUGAGACUGACCACAGAGGGGAGCCUGCUCAAGCCCUUCCAGAAAACUAACGAGGGCAAUAACGCGGUGGUGCCCGCGGACUCCCUGCCUGAGUGGUUGAGCUUAAUAAGUAUCAUGGAGAAGGACAUUGUGAAUUUGUACAGGCACUCAAACUCCAGUGGCCACUGCUCUGUGGAAGGAGAAACUGCAGAAGAUAAGGAAAUCCAGAGGAUAAACGAGCAUCCUUACAGAAAGGAUGCUGGCUCAGCUCUGAGUGACCAGGAGUCCAGGGUCCCGGACUCUGGAAUCCCAAGGGACUCAGACCAGCUCUCCUGCUUGUCUGGAGAAACCGAUGUGGUGGUCACUGCUGAAACAGCAGAAACCAGCCAUGCAUUUGAGGAAGAAGAUCAAGAAGGCUGUGGCACAACCUAUGCUCAAAAUAAUGUGUUACCCCAGACACUAAAGAAGAGAGAGGCAAAAGGGAGCAUCCAGGCUGAUGUCAGGAGAGAGUCCGUCUUUAUUUCGGGGGAUCAGGAAGCAAGGUGCGUGGCUCUUUCCACCCAGAGAACCUCUAAUCACGAUGUGAGAGGCAACUACCACUGGGAUUAUCUCCUCAGUUGGGAACCCAAGUUCCAACCUCUCGCCUCGGUAUUUAACGAUAUUGCAAAACUAAAGGACGAAUACUUACAGACAUCUGGCAUUCCUAAAGAGAAGUCUUUGGUUUUCCCACCACCUUUGAUUACCGCAGUAGCCCAGCCCGGGCUUAAAGCAGUUCCACCAAGAAUGCCAGCCAGAACCCCGGGGCAAGUGCUUCACAAAUACCCACACUCCCCGCUUCCCUACCAUCUUAGUUCUCUGCCUGAAGCCAUGACUCCCAGCUUUUCUCCAUCUCUUUUCCUGCUGACGGCAAAGACCCCUGCUGUGACCCCACGGUCGUCACGUGGGGAAUCGUCGGGAACACAUCUGAGUGGUACAUGCCAUGAACUUAAAGCAGAAGAUGAAGUUCAGAUAUAACCUGAUUGUGAUGUCACCAUCGGUCAUGAACGGUUGAACAAGACAUUCUUAAGCUAGCUCUUCAAGAUUGGUUAAAAUGCAGUCAGGGUUUGCAGAAUCUCCUCAUUUAAGUUUCUCCAAUUUCUUCCAGCCUUAAUGAGAAGUUAUCCCCUCUUUUAACCUUUCUGUUUUGCUCUCAGGACUCAAGUUUGUAUAUAAAAGUAGUGUAUAUUCUGUCAUACCUGGUUUUCUGUAUGACUAAAUCUCCAAAGAACACCAUGAACUAGACUGACUGCCAAAAUGUUUCUAUGAAAAUAAAUGGAAAAUAAGUAUAGUGCAGUCCAGUCACAUUACUGCUGAUUACACUGCUAUACUUAAAAUAGAUUAGUUAAGACUGAAUAAGGAAUGA